AGAUGUUCCGAAAUAUCGUCCUUGCCACCCUGCUGAUAUCCUCAGUUUGUGCUCUGCACUAUGAGAUGCACAAAGGCUUGACUGGAGAUGAUCCUGAAGAAAGCUCUGGUGAGUCUAUGAAAGAAACUGAAGAGCUGCCUGGAGUUUGCUGGGCAUGUAAAUGGGCCAUGAGGAAGCUGAAAAAACAUAUCUCCACUGGUACUAAUGCGGACGACAUUAAAAAGCAGCUAUCAGAUGUCUGUGAUGAGAUUGGCUUCCUAAAAUCCCUGUGUAAGAACUUAGUGCACAAGUACACCGAUAUGCUGGUUGAAGAACUUUCAACUUCUGAUGAUGCUUCGACCAUCUGUGUAAACAUUGGUGUUUGCUAGAAAAAGCCAUAGAGUUAAUUUUCUUUUCUAAACUUGAGAUUUUUUUAUCCCCCUUUGUGAAUUGAAGUAAAA